AUGGACUCAGAACAAGAGUACCUUAGUGCUGGCCCCGAGGCCUCUUCCCUCAGAGGUCAAACGGGCGUUGAUGUGCCGAAGCCCCCAGACCCUUGGCCUGGUCCUGGCGCUGGGGAACUACAUCACCCAGAAGGCUCCCCCCUGAGCAUAGGCGUCGCUGGGCCACUGAAGGACCUGGAGGGGGACGUUUCCGCGCCUUACGCGUCACUUCAGGGCGGGACUUCUGGCACUUUACCGGCGGCGGUUAUUUUAUCUGCUCUCUGUUUGGUCCAUCGGUCAGGGACUCCGGAGCACUGUGUCGCACUCGAGGUGACGGGAGGGAAAGCGUUGUCCCCACUGCACGGGGGCGGGUCUGGGGCUCGGCCCUUGCCGCCCGCCGCGCCGGCCUCCCUCCCUGCGGCUCCGGUGGCCGCGCUGCUGGACCUGGCGCAGAAUAACCUUCUCAGAAAAGGGGCAGAGGCAACAAAAGCAAAUCCUUGGGCUCAGCACGAAGGCAGCUGGCAACAGCAAUACGGGAGGAUGUCUGCCUGCCCAGGCCAGGCUGAGUCUGGCACUCCUGGACUACAUCCCUGGCCUGCUCCCCAAAGAGCCACAACUCUCUUCGAUGGCCUGUGCUUAUAUGAUGGGUAAAUAAAAGAAAUG